GUGAGCUAUACGUCUCCGUGAUAUUGACUUGACUGAAACAUCAUGCAAGUCAUCAUAAUCUCUCGGUUACAUGCCAUGUAUCAGCGAUCGAGAAUGGUGCUGAUAUUUCUCGUUGUCAUCUUUCUGGCCAUCACAAUCGCCAAUGCAGUGAUGACCGUAAUAACGAUGAUACAUAUUUCAGGGGAGGAAUUCGUUCUUUCCGGUACCUAUCAGUGCAUUAUUGACGAUGCAGGAUAUUUCAUAUUUCUGGCUUCCAUAACUUGGAUACUUGGAACUGUAUGGGAGGUCGUUGCACUGUGUCUCGCGGUGUGGAUUGCUGUAAAACACUUCCGUGAACUGCGACGACACUCAACAGGAGGCAUUAUUGGGGAUUGUUUCACAGUAUUGAUGCAAACUCACGUUAGUUACUUUGCGAGUUUUUUGGCCAUCUCUUGUUUCCGGAUCGGUUUAUUCUCUCCAACGCUCUCAGGGGACGCAUAUUCCCUAGACACUCAGAUUUAUGUCGGUCUCCUUCAGAUAUUCCAGGUCAUGCAGCUGUUUGUGCUAGGACCACGCCUGAUCCUCGGUGUUCGAGAAUAUCACGCUGAACUCGUGGCCAACUCUGAUACAGCAUCCGUUAUGACUUCAAUUGCUUUUCAGGAGCACGUGCAUGUGUCAACCAGCAGUAGUGUGUAGUGCAGGAGAUGCUCGAUAUGAUUGAUUUGCGAUGGGCGGGUAGUACUGUGCAGGCAGCAGGAGAAUUUGUUUUUAUUUUUUCCAGGUUUUGUCGUGGUACAUAUUUAUGUAAGUUGCGAAGUACAUAUAGGUCAUAGAAGAGCUUUUGGCGAACUAUGAGUAGAGAUCUUUCCAAAAC